GCCGCCGCCGCCGCCCCUCCUCCUUCUCCAGCCGGCGCGGCCGCCGCUUCCCGGCCGAGUACGAGCGGCCCCGGCGGCCCCCGGCGCGUCCAGCUGCGCGGCCCCCCGCCCGUCCCGCCCGGCUGCUGCCCGCGUCCACCCCGCCGCGAUGGCGACGCGCUCAUGCCGGGAGAAGGCGCAGAAGCUGAACGAGCAGCACCAGCUCAUCCUGUCCAAGCUGCUGAGGGAAGAGGACAACAAGUACUGCGCCGACUGCGAGGCCAAAGGUCCUCGAUGGGCUUCCUGGAAUAUUGGUGUGUUUAUUUGCAUCAGAUGUGCUGGCAUCCAUAGGAAUCUUGGGGUUCAUAUAUCCAGGGUCAAGUCAGUCAACCUAGACCAGUGGACACCAGAACAGAUCCAGUGCAUGCAAGAUAUGGGAAAUACUAAAGCAAGACUACUAUAUGAAGCCAAUCUUCCAGAGAACUUUCGAAGACCACAGACAGAUCAAGCAGUGGAAUUUUUCAUCAGAGAUAAAUACGAAAAGAAGAAAUACUACGAUAAAAAUGCUAUAUCUAUUACAAAUAAAGAAAAGGAAAAAAAAAAGGAAGAGAAAAAGAAAGAAAAGGAACCAGAAAAGCCUACAAAACCUCUUACAACUGAAAAGCUGCAGAAGAAAGAAGAUCAGCAAUUGGAACCUAAAAAAAGUACCAGCCCUAAAAAAGCUGCAGAGCCCACUGUUGAUCUUUUAGGACUUGAUGGGCCUGCCGAGGCGCCGGUGACCAAUGGGAGCGCAGUCCUGGGGCCAGCCCUGAACGAUGACCUGGACAUCUUUGGACCGAUGAUCUCUAACCCCUUACCUGCAACUGUCAUGCCCCCGGCUCAGGGGCCGUCCUCUGCACCAGCAGCUGCCACUCUGUCUGCAGUGACGUCUGGGGAUCUGGAUCUGUUCACUGAGCAAGCGGCAAAGUCAGAAGAGGUGGCCAAGAAGCAGCUCUCCAAAGACUCCAUCUUGUCUCUGUAUGGCACCGGGGCCAUCCAGCAGCAGGGUGCUCCUGGUGUGUUUAUGGGACCCGCGAAUCUGCCGUUCACCUCGCAAGCAGCGGCUGCGUUUCCAGGCUUCCCGUCCGUGGGCGUGCCUGCGCCCGCGGCUCCCGGCCUGGUGGGCAGCUCGCCGGGGCCGGGCGCGGGCAUGCUGGUGGGCGUGCCAGUGCCCAGCGGCUUCAUGGGCAGCGCACAGGCUGCUGUGAUGCCGCUGGCGCAGGGCGUGGUCGGGCCCCCAGGGCUGGCCGCUCGCUUGGGCGCAGCCCAGGGGAGAUUUGGCCUGCAGCCAGCCCCGCAGAGCCCGUGGAACCUCCCCCAGGUGAACCAGCAGAUGGCUGGCCUGAGCCUGGGUGGCGCAGCCUCAGCGGCGGGCUUCGGGCAGCCGCCCAGCACCUCAGCGGGGGCCGCGGGCUGGUCCGGGGGCUCGUCGGGGCAGACGCUCAGCACGCAGCUGUGGAAGUGACCCCCCUCUGGCAUUCCUGCUCAGACACACCCAGUUCCCCUGUCCAUUCAUGUACAUACAUGUUUUUUUCUUUUCCCCCAUUUGUUCAUAUUAAGAGUUACCUGAUUGACCGUGUUGGUCUUUACUGAUUGAAUUUGCUGUGGUGAAAAGCAGGUUGAGAAACCGUUCCAUGUCGAGGGCAGCUUUGCUCACAAUUCCCAGGAUUUCGCAGACACAGUCUCUGGGAAGCUGCUCAGUCAACGUGCAUAAUCAGUUUCCCUCUCGAUGAAAUUAUAGCUCUCAUGUUUGCAUAUAAGGGAAGUAGUUAUCAUGUUAG